AAUAUAACAGGAAUGGUUUCCCAAUAUUUUAUUGGUCCCAAGUGGGUAUCUUUUGCGAUUAAUUUGAGCGAUAAUCAUAUAAAAUCAUAGUACUAGAAUUAUGCGCCUUGAAUUGCAAAUUAUGCUAGAUUGAACUAGGCCGUGUCAUCCGUCGAGAUAUCUUCUGCUCCCAUGCAACAGUUUUUAUGUCUCCGUAUUGCACAAAAGAGACCCUGUAAUUUCAAACUUUAACUCCCCCAGUCCGCAACUAAGAUUCAAAUCCUCAUUCUAUUGCUUGUUCACCGUGUCGCCUUACCUUAAUCAACUCCCUUCAAAAUUAACCGGUUACCAAAUCUUCCUUGCCCCCUGCUCUGUCCUGCCUCAUUCACACACGCGGCAAAUUAAGAACUUAGAAAUGACUGUUCUAGAUAUUGAGCAGCCUAAUUCUGAUCCACUCUCAAAGGUUGCAAUCUCCAACACUCAAGGUGAAGACUCUCCUCACUUUGCCAAAUGGAAAGCACACAAGGAGAAUCCUUAUGAUGAAUUCAACAAUCCCUCCGGAGUCACACAGACGGGAUUAGCCGAAAUCAAGUAGCAGAGACACAAUCUAUAUCUAUGUGGUUCCGAAGGGAUUGCUAAAUUCAUUAUAAGGAUUCUCGUUGACUCGUCCUAGGCUUUCCAUCCGCAAACAAAGGAGAACCUUGACCAUGAGUGUUAGAGAUUGAAACUUUAAGAGUGGAACUGAAUUAGGCUGCUCGGUAUCUACAAAAGCCAUUUCUAACUUCAUAAUUUGCAGCCAUUUUCUGUGCGUGGGAAUGAGAUAGGAGAGAGCAGGGGAGAAGAAGAAAAAUGCUUAAAUUUU